GCGGCGGUGAUGUCAGCGCGGACGGAGGGGGCACUGCCAGGCAACAGGUUCCAGCUCAGAAUCGCCCCGUUCCGAGCCUUGGCCGCUCGCCUUCCAUCGCUCGGGGCUCCGCAGUGUCGGGGGGAGCCGCCUUCCUCCCCUCCUCUCCUGCCUCGAAAUGGGGGGCAAAAAGACGGAAGACGCCGGUCCUUCCGACGAGUACGGAGAGAAAUGUCAGUAUGAUCCCUCUUUUCGUGGUCCUGUCCAGAAGAGGAGCUGUACAGAUAUUAUUUGCUGUGCUAUUUUUGGGGUCUUCCUCGCUGGCUACAUUGUGGUGGGGCUCCUGGCUUGGCUGUACGGUGAUCCUCGACAAGUGAUUUACCCCCGAAAUUCAACGGGAUCCUAUUGUGGAGUUGGCAGCAAUCGUGGCAAACCUUAUCUUCUCUACUUCAACCUCAUGAAAUGUGUCACAGAACUGAACCCAGUGACAGUGGCAAUGAAAGGAGUGCAGUGCCCUACCACACAGAUCUGUGUCUCUAAUUGCUCUGACAAAUUCUGGGUGAUGUUGCCAACUGACUUAAGAAAGAAACCUUCUGAUGUCUGGAAUCAGGCAUUGUGCCAACCCAGUAUUGAUCUCAAGACUACAACCUUGACUGUGUCAGAAAUUCUCAACCAGGAACUUUGUCCUGAAUUCACCAUCCCAACCAAGCCACUUAUUAAUCGUUGCUUCCCUAGUUUCAACCAAUCUGAACUUGGAAACUUUCAAAUGCCUGGUAUGACACUAAAUGAAACCAUGAAUAAUAUCACAAGUGGCACAGAACAACUCCUAAAUUCUCUCAAUCUGAAGGAUAUUAGCGUGAAAAUCUUUGAGGAUUUAACACGGACCUGGUAUUGGAUUCUCAUAGGUCUCCUGCUUGCCAUGGUGCUGAGCCUCCUGUUUCUCCUGCUGCUGAGAUUCAUUGCUGGCAUCCUGGUGUGGGUUCUUAUUGUGGGAGUGGUAGCCAUCACUGCAUACGGAAUCUACCACUGUUACAUGGAGUAUGAUACCCUCAACAAAAAAGGAGCUACUAUUCAGAACAUUGGAUUUACCACCAACUUCAGUCUUUACAGCAAUGUCAAGGAGACGUGGUUGGCAGCCUUGAUUGUCCUCUGCGUGGUGGAAGGCAUCCUGCUGCUUACUCUCUUGUUCCUCCGCAAACGGAUCUUCACCGCCAUCGCACUUAUCCAGGAAGCCAGCCGAGCCAUUGGAUACAUGAUGUCCACCCUUGCCUACCCGCUGCUGACUUUCGUCUUAAUAGUGGUCUGCGUGGCCUAUUGGGCCAUGACGGCUCUAUAUCUUGCUACUUCUGGAGAACCCCUUUAUCGUGUCACCCCAACAAACCAUAGUGCACCGGGCUGUGAAAAAUACCGUGGGAAUGAAAGUUGCAGUCCACUGGAUUUCAAUGUCUCCUCCAGGCUCCCUUGCAUGACAGAGUGCAUCUUCUACAAAUAUAAUGAUGAGGGGCUUUACCAGCGCAACAUCUUCAAUCUCCAGAUCUACAACGUUGUGGGCUUCCUCUGGUGUGUCAACUUUGUCAUUGCUCUGGGACAGUGUGUGCUAGCGGGAGCCUUCGCCUCUUAUUACUGGGCCUUCAACAAGCCUCAAGAUAUCCCAGCCUGUGCCCUGGCUAGUGCCUUUCUCCGGACAUUAAGAUACCACAUAGGAUCCCUUGCUUUUGGGUCCCUCAUCCUCACCAUCGUUCAACUGAUCCGCAUGAUACUACAAUAUCUGGACCACAAGUUGAAAGGUUCCAACAAUGCAGCUGCCCGCUGUAUUCUCUGCUGCCUGAAAUGUUGCUUCUGGUGCUUGGAGAAGUUUAUCAAGUUCCUCAACCGAAAUGCUUACAUUAUGAUUGCCAUUUAUGGAAAGAAUUUUUGUACAUCAGCCAAAAAUGCCUUCAAGCUCCUGAUGCGGAACGUUCUCAGAGUUGUGGUCCUGGAUAAAAUCACGGAUCUGCUGCUGCUGUUUGGGAAGCUCUUGGUGGUCGGCGGAAUUGGCGUGCUGUCCUUUUUCUUCUUCACGGGGCGCAUCCCCAUUGAUGAUCCCAGGUUCCGAUCCCCAGUCCUCAACUACUAUUGGUUGCCCAUUCUGACUGUGGUUGUGGGUGCCUACCUCAUAGCCCAAGGAUUCUUCACUGUCUACAAUAUGUGUGUCGACACACUCUUCCUCUGUUUCUUGGAAGACUUGGAGCGAAAUGAUGGUUCCCAGGAGAAGCCAUAUUACAUGCCCAAGUCUCUUAUGAAGAUCCUGAACAAGAAAAACCAACAGGCCAAGGACAAAUAGAAAUAUGUGGGGGUGGGCAGACUACUUCCCCUGCAAGUCAUCAACUAUGUUAUUGGUCCCCAUCAUUUCAUUUCAUCCCAUAUCGGAGACAGCUUAAUAUGCUUCCUUCCCGCUCCCUACAUGUUAUGGGGGGAGGGGGGUCCACCAGAUGACUUGAUACUCUUCCUCAUUUUGUUUGCCAUAUUGGUUCUUAGGCCUUCCCAUAUACAGAAUACAACCCACCCAUAUCGCUGUUUAUUGUGCAGAUUGUCUAUUUAUAAAUAAUUGGCCUAUUUAA